AUAUUUAUGGCACGCUACAAUUACCGAAUGCACGUGGCAGAGCACAUCCAUCACGUUGUCAGCCAACAAAAGAGCUGGAGUUUCUAUAUACAAAGAACAGCAUUUGGCAAGACACGAGUCAGGUACUUGUCACAUGGAGCUCUCUUAAGGAAAAACAGCAAUGACUUCCCUAUUAAGAAAAACAAAUCCAAAACCUCUUUUGGAACUCAAAUUUUUAAUUAUCUUAUUUGAAAACAUAUUCACAGGUUCCUGAAAUGGAAGUUGAAUUAAUGACAGAAACAAAAAGUCAAAGAACUUGUCAGAAAAUCUGCAGAGAAACUUUAUUGCGAAGCCCAUAUAAUGAAGGGCUUACCUGUGUAACUGGAAACAGAAGUAAUGAUCCUAAAAUGUGUUAAGCUGCAAGCAAGGUACAAAUUUUAAGAUGCCACUAAGGUGGCCCUGGAAAAUAAGAGAAUCAAGAGUUGAAUGAGCACAGAACAGAGGAUAUUCAAUGCGGUACUCACAUUGAAGUCUUCUCACCUUUAAGUGUCAAUAAUUGCAAAGAAUAAAAGUAGGAAUGCUGCCGAUAACUUUAGAUGAGUUGCCUUUUGGUUAAGCUUCCUAAAGUUUUAGCAGCUACCAACCUAGAAACUAAACUUAUAAAGUAUAUAGGCAUCAAAAUUCCUACCUUUUUUCAAAUCACAUUGACUGGAAAUUUAUAAAAUAUUAAAAUUGCAGCAAAAAAUCUAUUAAAUUUGGAAGAUAAUAAAAUUGGAUGGAAGAUUCACAGAAAAUAAUGCCAUGGUCUAUAAGAUCACCCAAGCAUUUCACUAGAUUUAGGAUAGCUUCUUACCUAUUCCUCCAGCAUUCAACCAAUCACACAUCAAGCAUCCAAUUCAUGUUUAAAUGCAUCUUGUUCAUUAAGUGGUGGACUUGCUCAUCUAAAUGAACAUAUCAAAAACUUUCUGUCCUUAGAGAAGGAUGCAAGUGCAGCAAACAACUCGGUAGUAGCUCAGUAUUAUACCUUCCAAAUUCACCUAUUUAAGGAAACUAUGUUUGAAAGGCAAAAGAUUUCCACCAAAAGGAUGGUGUGGAAAAAGAAACUGAUGACUCUCUUUUGUCGCAGUCAUAGCAACUAUUCUGCACAGAACAUGGGUUUCCUAAGGUUCUCUACAUUCUUAAUAAAUCACAUCCCUGAUUAGCAUUUCACAGAAAAAGCCAUAAAUUUAACAGCUGAACUAUUAUCUAAGCCUAAAAUAUGUUGAGGCAGUCUCAAAAGUUUUUCGGCUCCAACAUAAUAUACCUUGGAUCCUCUAGGCUUUUACCAUCUUCCUCAAAACAAGAUUUUCAAUCACUGUCUCUAAGCUCCAAUAAGAAUGGAUUAAAACCAAACUCGGCAAAGCAGGUUAUGACCUAAAGCUUGUUUCCAGCAAGAAGCAGUAAAGUAGAAAAGCCCUUGGCUUUUUCUUCCUGGAAUUAGGAAUCAAUCUCUACAGAGUCUAAACACAUAGUUUUGGGAGGGCAUUUGAAUUUCACCAAACAAAGCAUGCAUUUCACAAUAAAUUCUAUCAAAAUUUCCAGAAACUGGGAUUAUAAACUCAAUUUUAUUCUUCUAAAUAAGGUACAAUUUGCAUAAAAAUAUUAUAUCUUU